GUAAAAGACGGGAUGGGUAACGUCUUCAAAUGUGGCUUUCCAUGUGGCGGCUGAACGACCCGUUAGGCGAAAGCCGGGUUUCUCAAGUAGAACCCCUUUGCUCAGAUCAAGGCGGGUUUCUGCUGACACUUGACACUCCUUGGCCUCAGUCUAACUUUUCUAGGAUGUCCAUUCCUUGCAUGGAGUAAGCCCAACCAACAUCAAAUUACUCUUCUCUUCCCUUCCGGGCUUGACAAGGGUCCACCUCGUCAGCUCCCUGGCAACACUACGACGUGGAUCGAUGCGAGAGAUCGUACAAAAGGACAGCAACGCGACUCCACAACCUCUAGCGUACCCUGAUGCUGCGCUGCGCUCCUUAUUUCACCACGAACCUCAUCCGAUCCCGGUACAUCCUGUACAAGUCCCAGGACAGGUCGAUGUCAUAAGUCUCAUCCUGUCCAUUACUUUUCUACUCACCUCACUUCCCACACAUCCGACAUGUCAGCCCGUCCCUUUCUUCGCGGCGAUCUUGUGACUUCAACCAAAUUGGACGCAUACCAUAACCGGAUAUUGGAGGAAGAUGAGACCAAGGAAAAUAAUGAUAGCGAUGGCGACUCUGACGACGACUCUGACGACGACAUCAACUACGACUCUGACGAUGACGACAAGCUAGCAAAGAAGCAUGCCAAUCAGCGGAGACAGCAAGAAGCUCACAUCGCCGGCUAUCGACAACAAAUGAUGAAGACUACCAAUGGACCACCGCCGUCAAUACAGCAUGCGCGGCUCCCAACUUUACAGGCUCCCAGGAUGAAGAUCCCCAGUUACGGAAAUGACGACGACGACGACGUUCCACUCGCCAUGUUGCAAGCCCAACGACAAAGAGAUCCAAUGUCGCGGCUGGGCGGUGUGAGAUCAAAUCCAACCCUGCGCGCGACUGCUCAGCAACAAAUCUCAAGACCUGGCUCCGCACAAAGCCAAUCCCACAACAAAAGGGCGAAUCUGCAGCUACCAUCAUUUGCGCGUGCUCUUCCCCAGGACCCAUUCCAGGAUUCAUUCCAGAACCCAUUCCAAGACCCGAUCCCUUUAGGCCAGAACGGCCCCUUUCAGCAGCCCUUUGCUGGCGGCUUGGUAGGCGUGAUUGCAAGCGAAGAGCGCGCCAAAGCAUCGCGGCGCGGAGGCCCAAGUGGCAAUUUUCAGCAAAUUCCUUCACCCACCAACAGCACCUUUGGAAGGACGAAUGGACCGUAUCAGACCAGUCAAAUGCCACAUGGAUUUCCUAGAAUUCAGCAGUCAUUCCGACCCCAGACUGCUGCUACUUCGGGGCCUCAAACCCACCUUUGGCAGAUGUCGCAUAAUCUACAAGCUCAACCACAGUUUCUGCAAGCGGCGCCUUGGAUGAGUCAACACAAGACCAGUCAAUCGUGGAACCAUUUUACUUCGCAGAUGCCGGUACAGAAACAUGCAAUGGCUCCUCAAGGGACCGGCUGGGCCGUUCCUGCUUAUGGAGCUUAUGCGCCAUCACUUGCACCGUCGGAACGGAGUACAAUUGGUUUGCCGAGCCGGUACAGAGCAGUUUCAAGGGCUCACAAUUGAUUUGCUUCUGGGAACAGAAAAGACAGAGGAUAUAGAUUGUACAACAGUGUAAUUAUAUACUAUUAGAAUCUUGUAAUGAUGGGCACUCAACAGCGGGGGAAGCCGCAAGUGCUAUUUCGUAUCAACCAAAUUUGAGAUUGAUUCACUCC